CUCCUUUCUUAUUUUGGAGAACAAAACAAACACCCAUACAGCAAUGUCGUAUCCUCAGGGUUACCUCUACCAGCCCCCGGGCUCUUUGGCGCUCUACUCGUGCCCAGCUUAUGGAGCUUCGGCUCUGGCCGCCCCAAGAAGCGAGGAGCUGGCACGGUCUUCGUCAGGAUCAGCCUUCAGCCCCUACCCCGGAUCGGCUGCUUUUACAGCUUCGGCCAGUGGGUUCUCGAGCCCGCUGUCGUACCCCACGGACCCUUCCACUGGAUUCCCAUCUUACAUGGGCUCCCCGUACGACGCACACACAACUGGCAUGGCAGGGGCGAUUAGUUAUCACCCUUAUGGAAGUCCAGGAUACCCAUACCAGCUGAACGACCCUGCUUACCGAAAGAACGCUACGAGAGAUGCGACAGCCACCCUCAAAGCUUGGCUCCAGGAGCACCGGAAAAACCCCUACCCCACCAAAGGAGAAAAGAUCAUGCUGGCUAUCAUCACAAAGAUGACCCUCACACAGGUCUCCACUUGGUUUGCAAAUGCCAGAAGGAGACUCAAAAAGGAGAACAAGAUGACAUGGGCACCUCGGAAUAAAAGUGAAGACGAAGACGAAGACGACGGGGAUGGGGAAAGGAAAGACGACCAUUCAGAGAAGAACCUCGACAACAGCGAAACUUCGGCCGAGGAUGAAGGUAUUAGUUUACACGUUGACACUCUCACUGACCAGUCCUGCUCCGCGGAAUCAGACGGAGAAAAAAACAGUUGCAGGAUUGGGGACAUCGUUUGCGAGUCUGGAUCAGACACUAAGGACAAAUGUGAGGAUGACGAUCACGACAUAGAAAACGAAGAACGGCAGCGAGGCUUGUCACCUAAGUCAGUGACAUCAUCGCCACUGACAGGGGUGGAAGCCCCAAUUUUAAAUCACCAUCACGAGGACUCGUCGAGAAGCAACAACAAAGCAAGCCUUGACAGCAGAGUUUCGUCAGGCCCACAUAGUCAAACCAUCAAACCUAAACUGUGGUCAUUAGCAGAAAUCGCCACUUCGGACCAAAAGCAGCACCCCGGGCAAAAUUGUCUUUCAAGCGUACUAACAUCAGCAUCAUCAGCAACGUCCCCAGCCAGCACUGUCUACCCAGCCUCUUCCAUCUUGGGAAGGCCUAUUUAUUACACUUCUCCGUUUUACAGUAAUUAUACAAACUACGGCAACUUCAGCUCUUUGCAGGGUCAAGGGAUCCUACGGUACAAUUCUGCUGCUGUGACGACUAAUGAGGGGCUCACCCAGACUGUGCUGAACCCUGGCGCUAUUCACAAACAGAGUAAUGACUCUUUAUUAAAGAGCCACCCGAACCAUAUCGAGCAGCACUUCAGGCCCUCUAAUUUAGAAUCCAAGAAAGACGCAACUGACGUGUGCACAGUAGGAGCCCAACAAUACCUAUCAAGUUAAGAAGAUGAUUACGCAAGUAGGUGUCACAAUUGCUUUGAGGGAAAAAAAAAGCGAACAAGCCAUCACUUCUACAUCCUAUUUUAAACGAAAUUAUUGUCUUUACCGGAUCGCAUAUUGUGCCACCCUUGACAGGAAGACUGCAACGCACUAUAUCUUAAUUCUACAGAGGCUAAGCAGAUAUUUCAAGAACAAUAAUAUGAUAAUCAUUGUAUUAUUUCAUUUUUCUUUUUUAAUCAAAUGUGCAUUUGUUGGUAGUUUCCCAAUGUAUGUGACUUUUGAAAAUAUGUUAUUUCUCAGGAUCCCUAGAUUGCUUCAUUGCCACGGGAUAUAUUGUAUACUAUAGGUGUGAAAAUAAUUAGGCCUACUGUAAAGCUUAUUUGUAAAAGAUGUAUAAUGUAGGAGGAAUGUGUCGGAUGACUUAAAAAAUGAAAUACAUUUGAUAUUUAUUUUUGUAAUGAUGGCAAAAGCCUAUAAUUUAUGCAAGUUGUAUUGCAGUUGAAUUUGAACAUUGUUUUGUAAAUAAAUUAUGAAUGGUUUUUAUUUGAAACGUAAUGGAAAGUUACACAAUCUUUGUUGGUUGUUAAUAAGAAUACUUUUACUAAUUUAUAUAUUUGAUUGUAAAUAAAACGGGCUAGUAUGCACUGGCAAAGUUGUACAAUGCUUUAUUUACAGAUAACUUGUUUCUUUUCGUUAUCAUUGUGCAAGGACUGUUUUCUGGCGAAAUACCUUCUGAAACAGUUACGCCAGUUUCGAAUUUACUGCAAGGUACAAAAAACAACUGCACUUGAAUACAAGAAUAACACU